AUGGAUAUUAGUGAGAUAAUUUCCUACUGGGGUCACCCAAGUGAAGAGUAUGAAGUUAUCACUGCAGAUGGCUACAUCCUUCAGCUCAACCAGAUUCCUCAUGGGAAGAAUGAUACUAAUCAUUUAGAUAGGAUUGGAGUGAGGGGAAAAAAUGUGGUCCAAAAACCAGUUGUGUACUUGCAGCAUGGUCUGUUUGUAACUGGCAGUAUCUGGAUUUCCAGUCCUCCCAACAGUAGCCCGGGCUUCCUUCUGGCAGAGGCUGGGUAUGAUGUGUGGAUAGGGAACAGCAAGGGAAGUAGGUGGUCCCAGAAACACUUAUACCUGAAAGCAGAUUCCAAAGAAUUCUGGGCUUUCAGUUAUGAUGAAAUGAUAAAAUGUGAUCUUCUAGCCACCAUUGAUUUUGUUGUGAAGAAAACAGGACAAAAACAAAUUUACUAUGUAGGCUAUUCCCUGGGAACAACUAUAGCUUUUGGAGUAUUUACAAUAAAUCCACAACUGGCUGAAAAGAUUAAAAUCCAUUUUUCCCUGGCUCCAGUCAAUGCUAAUAGAUAUAUAACAAGUAUAGUUCGAAGUCUUGCUUAUAUCAAAUCAACAUUAUUCAAGGUUUAUGGUUGGUUAUAUCACAAGCUUAGUUUUCAAAAUGUGGGAAUGUGA